CCGCUUCCUUUGUGGAUCUGAAUGAUUUUGGGGGGGCCUCCUCCCUCCCCUUGAGAUUACGGUGCUGGAAGGCCGACCCGCCACCUCGGUCAGUGCCCCCCGCCCGGGUAACGUCCCUCGUUUUGUUCCUCCCAGCCGGCCCUCCCGCGUCCCGCUCCUUUCGGUGUUUGACUGAUGGGUUUUUUCUAGUUUUUUUCCCUUUUAUUCUUCUCAUCUCCUGACUGGAAGGCCCCGCGAGAGGCUCUGCGCCUGGGCCCCUCCUCCUCUUUUCCUCACCCCCGCACCGGGAGCCAAACCCCCAGCCCCGCGGCCGGCGAUGGCGAGACAGUGAGGGCGGCGAGGCCGGACCACGCUGGGACAGUGCCCGCGCCCCGGCGGGCGUGAGCACACACUCCCCCGCUCUGCGCCCCUCUUUUUCGUCUUCCGAGCUCUCUGUAAAGAGAGAAGACGCAGGGGAAGAUGUGGCUGAAGCUAUUCUUCCUGCUCCUCUAUUUUCUGGUCCUGUUCGUCCUGGCCAGGUUUUUUGAAGCCAUUGUGUGGUAUGAAACUGGCAUCUUGGCCACCCAGCUGGUGGAUCCGGUGGCGCUGAGCUUCAAGAAGCUGAAGACCAUUCUGGAGUGCCGGGGGUUGGGAUAUUCAGGGCUGCCCGAGAAGAAGGAUGUCCGGGAGCUGGUGGAGAAGUCAGGUGACUUGAUGGAAGGUGAGCUCUAUUCUGCCCUCAAGGAAGAAGAAGCAUCCGAAUCCGUUUCUAGUACCAAUUUCAGUGGUGAAAUGCACUUCUAUGAGCUUGUAGAAGACACAAAGGAUGGCAUCUGGCUGGUUCAGGUCAUAGCAAAUGACAGAAGUCCCUUGGUUGGUAAAAUCCACUGGGAGAAAAUGGUGAAAAAGGUGUCAAGAUUUGGAAUACGAACAGGCACUUUUAAUUGUUCCAGUGACCCCAGAUACUGCAGGAGAAGAGGCUGGGUACGAUCCACACUCAUUAUGUCUGUCCCACAAACAAGCACUUCUAAGGGGAAAGUCAUGCUUAAAGAAUAUAGUGGACGCAAAAUUGAAGUAGAGCACAUUUUUAAGUGGAUAACUGCUCACGCAGCAUCUCGGAUCAAAACCAUUUAUAAUGCUGAACAUUUGAAAGAAGAAUGGAAUAAAAGUGAUCAGUAUUGGGUAAAAAUAUACCUAUUUGCAAACCUUGACCAACCCCCAGCUUUCUUCUCUGCACUAAGUAUAAAGUUUACUGGAAGAGUUGAGUUUAUUUUUGUUAAUGUGGAAAAUUGGGACAAUAAGAGUUACAUGACAGAUAUUGGUGUAUAUAACAUGCCAUCAUACAUUCUUAGAACUCCUGAAGGAAUUUACAGAUACGGAAACCACACAGGUGAAUUUAUAUCCCUUCAGGCCAUGGAUUCAUUUUUGCGCUCAUUGCAACCUGAAGUAAAUGAUCUGUUUGUUUUGAGCUUGGUUCUAGUUAAUCUUAUGGCUUGGAUGGACUUAUUUAUCACACAAGGAGCAACCAUAAAGCGAUUUGUGGUUCUCAUAAGCACUUUAGGGACAUAUAAUUCUCUAUUAAUUAUUUCCUGGCUACCUGUGUUGGGCUUUUUACAGCUCCCUUACCUAGAUAGCUUUUAUGAAUAUAGCUUAAAAUUGUUGAGAUAUUCCAAUACAACCACACUGGCUUCAUGGGUGAGGGCAGACUGGAUGUUCUAUUCUUCACACCCAGCCCUGUUUCUCAGUACGUACCUUGGACAUGGUUUACUAAUCGAUUACUUUGAGAAGAAGAGACGGCGCAACAACAACAAUGAUGAAGUCAAUGCCAAUAACUUAGAAUGGUUAUCAAGUCUGUGGGACUGGUACACCAGCUACCUCUUCCACCCGAUUGCUUCUUUUCAGAACUUUCCUGUAGAAUCUGAUUGGGACGAAGACCCUGACUUAUUCUUGGAGCGGUUAGCUUUCCCUGACCUUUGGCUUCACCCUCUGAUACCAACUGAUUACAUAAAAAAUUUGCCAAUGUGGCGAUUUAAAUGUCUUGGAGUCCAGUCUGAAGAGGAAAUGUCGGAGGGUUCUCAAGAUAUUGAAAAUGACUCAGAUAGCGAGAGCACAGACACUUUUAGCAGUGAAAAGGAAGUAUUUGAAGAUAAGCAAAGCAUAGUUCACAAUUCUCCAGGAAGAGCAAGUCACUGUGAUGCUGAGGCUUGUUCAUGUGCCAAUAAAUAUUGUCAGACCAGCCCGUAUGAAAGGAAGGGGAGGUCAUAUGGAUCAUAUAAUACUAAUGAAGAUAUGGAACCUGAUUGGUUAACUUGGCCUGCUGAUAUGCUGCACUGUACUGAAUGUGUUGUUUGCCUAGAGAAUUUUGAAGAUGGAUGUUUGCUAAUGGGGUUGCCUUGUGGUCAUGUGUUUCAUCAGAAUUGCAUUGUGAUGUGGUUGGCUGGAGGCCGACACUGUUGCCCUGUUUGCCGGUGGCCUUCUUAUAAAAAAAAGCAGCCAUAUGCACAACACCAGCCCUUGUCAAAUGAUGUCCCAUCUUAACUAUGUGCAAUUUGUCCUUUAUAAGCUUUGAGUAUCUUACAGCUUGCCUUUUUAAUGUUAGUCACAAUGUUUUUGUGGUUUGAAGUUUAGUUUAAUGUUAGUGCAGUGACAGGAAAUACACAUUAUGCUAAUGUUGAUGACAAUUACUUGGUUGCCUUGUGUGUCAAUUGAAUGCAUACUUAAUUGUAAAAAUUUUUAUUUACAACAUUGGAAAUUCAGAAGUUAAUGUUUUUUGUAAGCACAAAAGAAGUGUGAUAGAAAUUUAUCCUAGCAAGACUUUACAAGGUAGGAUCAAAUUCUAAUGGAAUUGAGGCAGUUUCUUAUCCUAAAUGUUUCCUCCCUUUUUACAAUCUCUGUCCAGCACCUCUUGGUUAAAUAAUGUAUGCUCUGAGACAUGAAAUUAAAACAGACCUAUGAAAUAAAUUAUUUUAAAACCAGAA